UGACGCACGCGCAGUCUGCAGCGGCAUUUCGGCGGUGAAAAGGAAGGAGCGACGCAACCGGAGCGGCGCGGAGGCGAAACAGGGGCUCAUAGCGACAACGCCAAGUUAGCGUGCUUCCCAGCAUCGCGACAGAGAGCAGAGUUCGGGGACAUGGCGGAUAAAGAAGUGUAUGAUGAUGCAGUGGAGGAAAGGGUGAUCAAUGAGGAGUACAAGAUCUGGAAGAAAAACACCCCUUUCCUCUACGACCUGGUGAUGACCCACGCCCUGGAGUGGCCCAGUCUCACUGUGCAGUGGCUUCCAGAUGUCAACAGGCCAGAGGGGAAGGACUACACAGUGCACAGGCUGGUUUUGGGGACCCAUACAUCUGACGAGCAAAACCAUCUCGUGAUUGCGAGCGUCCAGGUACCAAACGACGAUGCGCAGUUUGAUGCCUCGCAUUACGACAGCGAGAAAGGAGCAGCUUCAGAUAAACUACAGCCCGAGCUUGCUGUCUUUUCAGAGUUUGGUGGGUUUGGUUCCGUCAGUGGGAAAAUAGAGAUCGAGAUCAAGAUCAACCACGAGGGAGAGGUGAACCGAGCACGCUACAUGCCGCAGAGCCCCUGCAUCAUCGCCACCAAAACUCCCACCUCUGACGUGCUGGUGUUUGACUACACUAAACACCCCUCCAAGCCAGAUCCGAGUGGGGAGUGCAGUCCUGACCUCAGGCUGAAAGGACACCAGAAGGAAGGCUACGGUCUCUCCUGGAAUCCAAACCUUAGUGGAAACCUGCUCAGUGCCUCCGAUGACCAUACCAUCUGCCUAUGGGACAUCGGGGCCAGCUCGAAGGAAGGCAAGGUGGUGGACGCCAAGACCAUCUUCACCGGCCACACUGCAGUGGUGGAAGACGUCUCCUGGCAUUUGCUCCACGAGUCGCUGUUCGGCUCCGUCGCCGACGAUCAGAAGCUCAUGAUAUGGGACACUCGCUCUCACAACACCUCUAAAGCCAGCCACGCUGUGGACGCUCACACUGCCGAGGUCAACUGCCUGAGCUUCAACCCCUACAGCGAGUUCAUCCUGGCCACCGGCUCCGCGGACAAGACUGUUGCUUUGUGGGACCUGAGGAACCUGAAACUCAAGCUGCACUCCUUCGAAUCCCAUAAAGAUGAGAUUUUCCAAGUCCAGUGGUCUCCUCACAACGAGACCAUCCUGGCCUCCAGCGGCACCGACCGGCGUCUCAACGUCUGGGACCUCAGUAAAAUCGGAGAGGAGCAAUCGGCAGAGGAUGCCGAGGAUGGACCGCCGGAGCUGCUGUUCAUCCACGGUGGACACACGGCCAAGAUCUCAGACUUCUCCUGGAACCCCAACGAACCCUGGGUCAUCUGCUCGGUGUCCGAGGACAACAUCAUGCAAGUGUGGCAGAUGGCGGAGAACAUCUACAACGACGAGGAGCCGGACAACACGCCUGCUUCAGAGCUGGAGGCUCAGGGGUCGUAACCCUCCUGCAGCCCUGUCCCGUGUCGACUCCUCCUCAUUCCCAGAGCUUCACGCCCAGUCCAGCCUCUCCUUUUCCCCCUCUGGCUUAUCUCAAGUGCAACAGGAGCUGCUGGGGAGUCGGAGGCAGCUCAGACCGUUGGCUCCCGUCUCAUUUUGCUUUCACCCAGGUACCUAAAAGCACAGAACGCUCGGAAAAAAAAAAAAAAAAAAAGAUUUGAAACGCUGUCCCUGCUCAGGUGGUCUCUCCAGCAGUGUUUGUGGUGAACCAAUGCAAA